UCUCAGCCGAAACCCAGUCUUCGUUAAUUUUUCCUGGAAAACAGCGCUGCUUAAAAACACUCUGACUUUUCUUGGUGUGCUUUAACAGUUUUAUCCUGACGUAACAGGAGCAAUAACGUUGUGUAAAGCCUCGAAUAGUACUAUUAGCGGCACCGAUCAUGCGGCAGAUAGAGGAACCCGGUGGGUUUCAGUGGCAGCAAGUUGAUUGCCGGCCAUGUGGCGCGCGCUUGUUAUGAUUGUUGUAGCCGUGGAUGUUUAGCGUUUACUGCGGUUUACGGUUCGUCACAGGAAUAGAAGCGAGUGCACCUGUGGCGAUGGUAGACGCUACUUGAUCGCAGCGCAGAACCUCGCUGAGCUGGCGUGCGUGACGGUCUGCGAUGAGCUUGAAGCGGAUUUUCCCGUUUUCGGAAGACGACGUCAAGUCGAGAGCGUGCCUCGAUUCCACGGAAACUUUUGUCUUGGGAGACGAUCAAUCAAUCCUGGACUCCUUGGCCCUACAACUGGCUGUCACUUCUGCAGGGGCCAGCGAAUAUGUGGCCAUUGUUGGCUGCAACGCCAUCGAGACGGCCUUCCAUGUUCAUGACAUGCCACUGUUCAGCCAAGACAUGGUUGACUUUAUACGACCAAGGUUCAUGGCAGACCUCAAGUCUCUCUUCAGCUACCUCACCAAGUUCCAGCAGCUCCCAGUGUAUCCCAAUGUCAUCAUACUGCACGGAAUUGAGACAUACAUACAGCAAGCCUCUGAGGACGAAAAUGGGGACCAGACUAUCGCAGUUCUUUUUGCACUGGUGCGGGAUGCUACGAGUUUCGCCACCUCGAAAAAUCACCAGACUUGCCGUUUGCUUGUCACUUGCUGCGAUGCUGCAUCUGAGGGCCACGUAUGUCCCAGCUACGUGAGCCUCCCUUUUUUCCCGCUUCCUUGGCGCUGCAGCAAGUUGGAGAACGGAGGCUUCACCCUCCGUCUGGGUGGCCGUCUUCCGACGACAGUUCGCUUCAGUCUCUCCAAAAGAGAGCUUUGCUUGCAGAGGGUGGACUACUUUUGAUGCAUCAUCAAAAAUGUUUGUGCUCGACUCUGUCACUGUGCUAAUGAGCGGUGCAAUAUAUAAUGUCGCACCACCCAGCCCGGUGACCGAAUCACUAUGUGGUCUGACAUUGCUAUGUCGCACCACAUUACUAUGUCACACCACAGGCCGAGUCACUUUGUCUCGCCACUAUGUGGAGCGAGUAAUGUCCCACCACUCAAUAGCACAGCGGCCGAGUCACUAUUUCCCGCCACUAUAUGGUGUGACAUUACUAUGUCGCACCACCGGCUAAAUCACUAUGGCCCUCCACUAUGUGGUUUGACAUUGCUAUGUCACACCACAGGCUGAAUCACUAUGUCGCACCACUAU